AAUCGAAAAAAAACAAUACAACUACUAGACGGCAUUUAACAAUGAGAGAACAAAACAACUAUUUCAAACCACAACAAAGCCGUUAUCAACCAUACGACCGUAAUGGUGGUGGUAGUGGGGGAUACAAUAAUCAAAGAGGUGGCGGUGGUGGCCGUUAUGGAGGUGAUAACGAAUUCAGAAACGAUAGAGGUCCAAGAUCAUUCAACGAUAAUGAAGCAAGUGCUGGUCCAGCACACAUCAGAGAAGAUGAACCAGAAGAAGAUUUAUUCAAUAAGAGAAACACUGGUAUUAACUUUGAAAAGUAUGAAAAUAUUCCUAUUGAAGUUUUUGGUAGAGAUCCUCCAACUCCACUCGCCACUUUUGAAGAAGCCGAUUUACAUGAACUUUUAAUGACUAACGUUAAGAAGAGUGGUUAUACUAAACCAACACCAAUUCAAAAGCACUCUAUGCCUGCUAUUGUUACUUCAAAGAGAGAUAUGAUGGCUUGUGCUCAAACUGGUUCCGGUAAGACUGCUGCUUUCCUCUUGCCAAUUAUUAAUGCUCUCUUAAAAUCAGGAAUUCACAAGGAUAAGAGAAGAUUUGCUCCAAACAAGGGUAAUCCAAAGGCUGUCAUUCUUGCUCCAACUAGAGAAUUGUGUCAACAAAUUUAUGAUGAAUGUAGAAAGUUCAUCUUCCAAACUUAUUUGAAGACUGUAGUUGUUUAUGGUGGUGCUUCAAGUGGUUAUCAAAUGAAACAAUUAGAAAGAGGUGUUGAUAUUCUUGUUGGUACUCCAGGUAGAAUGAAUGACUUUAUUCAAAGAGAAAAGCUCGACAUGUCUGGUGUUCAAUAUUUGGUUUUGGAUGAAGCUGAUAGAAUGUUGGAUAUGGGUUUCGAACCACAAAUUAGAUCUAUUGUCGAAGGUAGUGGAAUGCCACCAAAGGGUGAUCGUUUAACUUUAUUAUACAGUGCUACCUUCCCUAAGGAAACACAAAAGUUAGCUCUCGACUUUUUACAUGAUGAAUUGUUUGUUCAAGUUGGUAUUAUUGGUGGUACUACUGAUAACAUUACACAAAGUUUCUAUCAAGUUGACAGACGUGGUAAACAAGAUAAGCUUGUUGAAGUUUUGACUGAAAAGAAGGAAGAAAGAGAAAAGACUCUUGUCUUUGUCCAACAAAAGAGUACUUGUGAUCGUAUUUAUGAAUUGUUGACUCCUCUUGGAUUCAAAUGUUCAGUUAUUCACGGUGAUAAGGAUCAAAGAUCUAGAGAAAGAUCAUUGAGACAAUUCAAGGAUGGUUAUACUAAUAUUCUUGUUGCUACUGAUGUUGCUGCUAGAGGUUUGGAUAUUGAAAAGGUAGCUCACGUUAUCAAUUAUGAUUUGCCAAAGGAAAUUGAUUCAUACAUUCACAGAAUUGGUAGAACUGGUCGUGUUGGUAACUUGGGUAUUGCUACUGCUUUCUUUGAUCCAUCUGAAGAUGGUAAAUUGUGUAGAGAAUUGGUUAAGAUUUUGAAGGAUGCCAAUCAAGAAAUUCCAGAAUUUAUUGAAAAUGCUGCUUACAAUCCAUUUGGCGGUAGAGGUGAUGGUGGUUUCAGAAGAGGAGGCGGUGGCUUCAGAGGAGGUAGAGGUGGUGGUAGAGGUGGAUUCGGUGGUGGAUUCAACAAGAGAUGGUAAAAAUCCUCUAUAGUUUUUUGCGAGCACAAUAAAUUGUGGCUCACAAGCGCGGUAGGAAUAAGUGAAAUAGAGAUCUAGUUCAGGUAGUUAAAUUGCUAAUUGCAAUUUUCAAUGCAAUGUGAACUGUUUAGAGCUAGAUUUUGAAGAAACAUGUGUUGUCUAUCGUGCUUGCGCAGCUUGUAAAUAUUAUUAAUAACUGAGUACCCUAGGCUAUUUAAGGCCAAUUUUGUUUCUAAGGCAACUAACUGAAUAUUUUGUGAUGCGAUUUUUUGGUUAAUAAAAUGAUUAAUCGCAUCACAUUUUU